AGUGCCGCAUAGACAAAUGUCAUUUAGGUUCUAAAAACAUAAACAUCGUUCAUUGAUAUUUAUUUUUUGUAAUAAAAAUUAAUAUUUCACUAAUAGUUUUAUAUUAAUCGAAGUAAACAUGGUUACCCAGGAACAAAUAAAGUCUAUAGGAGCUGUUUUGAAUAGUAAAGACAGACCACUUAAGGAGCGUUUUCGUGCUUUAUUUACAUUGAAGAAUCUUGGUGGCGCCGAAGCUAUUGAAGAAAUCAGCCGGGGUUUCGCGGAUGACUCAGCAUUGCUAAAGCAUGAAUUGGCCUACUGCCUGGGACAAAUGCAGGACAGGAAAGCUAUAAAUAUCUUGACUAAAGUUCUUGCUGAUACGACGCAGGAGCCAAUGGUUCGCCACGAAGCCGGUGAAGCACUUGGCGCCAUCGGUGUACCUGAUGUCAUACCGAUAUUAGAACAGUACAAAGAGGAUCCUAUAGUGGAAGUUGCAGAGACAUGUUCAAUUGCGCUCGAUCGUGUGCGCUGGAUACAAAGUGGUCAACAAGUAGAUGAUAACAAUCCCUAUGCAUCAGUUGAUCCCUCACCUCCAGCGGCUGGCAUGAAAACAGUGCAUGAAUUGAAAACAAUUUACUUAAAUCCAAAGAAGAGUUUAUUUGAACGUUAUCGCGCUAUGUUCAGUCUUCGUAACCUGCGAACCACUGAAAGUGUUUUAGCCAUUGUCGAGGGCUUAAAAAAUUCCUCGGCGUUAUUUAGACAUGAGGUAGCAUUUGUAUUAGGCCAAAUACAAGAGCCAUGUAGUAUUCCAUACCUUAAAAACAACUUAGAAGAUCAGAACGAGAAUGAAAUGGUACGUCAUGAGUGUGCUGAGGCUUUGGGUGCAAUCGCUACAGAGGAAUGUAUUGCUAUAUUAAACCGUUAUGCGGAGGAUGAUCAACGCGUCGUGAAAGAGAGCUGUGAGAUCGCGUUGGAUAUGUGCGAGUAUGAGAAUAGCCCCGAGUUUCAAUAUGCCGAUGGUUUGAACAAAAUUUGCUCAUAGUUACAAAUGUAUUUGAGACCGUGAGAAGGAUAAAAAAUAUUUAAAUUCUCUUGUUAUGUAUUUUUAAAUAUAUGGCUUAAAUAUGUACCGCACCAUGUUUUACCCAAUGAAUCUAACUUUGAACUAUAAUUGGUUUGAAAUGUACAAUUUUUUUCUAAUAAUUAUCUAAUCGAGUUCUAAUAUGGUUCUAUAUCCUAUUCGACAACUACGUUAGAAUUCUAAUGUAAAAUCAGAACUUGUCUCUAAUGUUGAAGAUUAUGUUUGCUGGGAUUAAGACAGCAAUAUUUUAACAGGUUUUGGCUAUUAUUAUUUGCUUUAUUUAAUGUUUCUUAUAUUUUUAAAAGCCUAGUUCAUUAUAUAACAAAA